CCCCCGUGAUCUCCCCGCCCCGCGCCCCGCGACCGACGCCGUCCUCAUCGCGCUCGACGUCCGACACGACGUCCUCGACAUCCCACGCAAAUCAAGAGCCUCAAGAGCGUCUGCCACCAGCAAACGCGAGUGUUCGCACGACACCGUCGAACCUCCUUGCCUCGGCCCCAGUACCGACAUCGCUGACCAUGUCUACCGCCCCGCCGCCUAACCACGACCCCUCCCUUUCACAUGUUGCUGGACAGGCCCAGCAACCUCCGGCUUCUGGCGCGCAGCCUCCAGCAGGUGUCGCGGGCGAAGUCCCGCCAAAUAUGCCCAUGAAUAAUGGCCUUGGCUCAGAGCAAGUCAUGGCACUCCUGAAGCAGCUCCCGGGCAUUAACUUCCCGAGGGGUGACCUGAAGGACUCAGCAGCAGCUGAGGCACUCUCGAAUCUCGCACAAGCCGCAGCCUUCCCUGGCCAUCCACAUCAUCCAGGGCACCUUCCACACCCCCAUCAGCCUCCGCCGCCUUACCAUGUUGUUCAUCCUUCGCAGCAUCCGCAGGUCAUGGGUGGCGAGCCAGGCCCCUCAUCGCAUCCACGCGGUCCACCGAAUCUGGGCCAGCUUGCGAACACCGCGCUACAGAAUGGGCCACCUCUCCCGGGCCAGCAGCCCACAAUGCGUGCGAGCCAGGAACCCAUGACGCCGCCAGCCCGCUCCGCACGGAGAGGAGGCAGGAGCGCCACUAUGAGUAAUGAGGAGUGGACUCGGCAGAGGAAGGAUAACCACAAAGAGGUUGAGCGCCGGCGGCGGGGCAACAUCAAUGAGGGUAUCAACGAGCUCGGACGCAUCGUCCCGAAUGGAUCUGGCGAAAAGGCGAAGGGCGCGAUUUUGUCCCGCGCUGUGCAGUACAUCCACCAUCUGAAAGAGAACGAAGCGCGCAACAUUGAGAAGUGGACACUCGAGAAACUGCUCAUGGACCAGGCGAUGGGCGAUCUCCAGGCGCAGCUCGAGGAGAUGCGCCGGAUGUGGGAGGAAGAGCGAAUCGUGCGCGAGCGAACUCAGAGCGAACUCGAGGUCCUGCGGGGCCUCCAGCAGGGCCUAUCCCUCGGCGCCGCACAGGCCGCCGCCGCUGCCGCUGUCGCUAACUCAGCGCCUACGCACGCCCCUCCCCCGAAGCCCGCUCAGGAGAAUCGCCCGCAGACGCCCGAGGCGUCGAAGGAGAAACAAGCGCGAGAGGGAAGAGUCGGAGGCUCAGCAGGGCGCGCCAGCUGAGUCUACGGGCGAGUCGGAUCCCAAGAAGGCUCGCAUGGAGUGAACGUCUAUGCUUUCUCGUGUGCUUUGUUGGAUCGUUCUUGUGUUCGUAUUAGAACUCGUGCAAGCCGGUGAGUCGGUGUAUUAUAGUUGCGUACAUGGACGUGUUUCUUCGCUUGGAGUGAUGCUUUUCGUUGAUGAUCCAUGCCUCCCCCUCGUGUAUCCGUGUAUUUGUAUGAUCAUCUCGCGUCUAGUCGAUAUGUCGUCGCAAUGCAAUCUGUUUCUGGCUAUGUGCUUUGCAAGGAAGACGUAUUGCAUCAUCAAUGUGUUCCCAUGUGCACGUACUAUGCGCUGGACUCUUCA